ACACUACAGUCGAGUAGGGGGAGAGAGAGACAGAAUGCCGAUGUCGACUACUCAACUCUCUUAGCAACCUAUGCCUUCUCUUUCGUGAGGGGAGAGAUCUCUUCUCCUCUUUGGUGUUUCUUUCCUUAAACCUUGAAAGCAAGUGACAGAGAUCUACUGAUCCAAUUCCUAGAGGUGGAGGAGGGAAAGCAAAGAAGUAAGAGAAGGAAGGAAAUCCCGAAUCAAUCCGUCGUUUUCUGGUAAUUAGUUCUUGGUACCCUAGAUCCGAUGUCACAAGGAGAGUUGAACGACGGAGGGCUUCUCGACAUCCAGCCGUCGGAGCUCCGAUUCGCUUUCGAGUUGAAGAAGCAGAGCUUAUGUUCUUUCCAGCUGACCAAUAAGACGGAUCAAUGUGUUGCCUUCAAGGUUAAAACAACCAACCCAAAGAAAUACUGUGUCCGACCCAAUGCAGGGAUCAUUUCACCGAAGUCCUCGUGCGAUGUCACUGUUACAAUGCAAGCACAAAAGGAGGCCCCACACGACAUGCAAUGCAAAGACAAGUUUUUACUUCAGAGUGUAAUCACAGAGCAUGGUGCGGCGACCACAGACAUAACUGCUGAAAUGUUCAAUAGAGAACCUGGUAAGCUUGUUGAAGAAUUCAAGCUGCGGGUCACUUACGUUAUGGCUAGUCCUCCUUCACCUGUUUCUGAGGAACAACAAGAAGGAUCUUCGCCUAGGUCAUCGACAUUUGAAGAUGGGGCCCAAAGUUUGCAGACACAAGAUUCUGCAUCACUAUUGAAGGAACCUUCAAAGGAGAACUCCUCAGAGGCAUUUGCUAUGAUUUUAAAGUUGACUGAAGAGAAAAACAAUGCCAUUGCGCAAAACCAGAAGCUUCAGCAGGAAGUGGAUCUGCUAAAUAGUGAAGUCAACAGGCACCACAUGUUUUUUGUGGUGGUUGGAGCUGUUCUUGCUGCUCUAAUUGGGUAUAUCAUCAAGAAGUCAUAUUACUGAGAGCACAAAAUCAUGGGGCUACUGCAUGUGCAAGGUACCUCGUUGUGGUCUACCACCACCAUUCAACAAAAAUGGACAAUGUGUUCUUCCUAACAAUUGGUAUUGUUUGUCUUCCAUAAUUGUGGUGACAUAUUAUGUAGACUAUGUUGAUUCAUUGUGUUUUGGAUUGAAAUUUCAGUAAGGUGUGAAUCUUGUAAGAUAAUUUGAAUGUGAUCUCAAACUUCUUUAAAUAGGUUGUUUUUCCCUU